AUGAAGGUAAAUAUUGUAUCAUGGAAUGUUAGGGGGUUAAAUCGUCAAAGGAAGAGAGUUCUGAUAAGAAGUAUGAUGAACAAAUGGACAGCAGAUGUUUUCUGCUUUCAAGAAUCCAAGUUAAAAGGGGAUAUCAGGGAGAUUGUAAAAGAGUUAUGGGCCAAUAGGUGGGGAAAUGUGUAUGCACCGAAUGACAGAAGAGACAGGGAAGAAGUGUGGUCGGAAUUGGCAGGGGCCAGGGGUUUAUUUGAUGGACCUUGGGUGGUUUGUGGAGAUUUUGAUACUGUGAGAUUUCCAUCAGAAAAGAAAAACUGCAACAGAAUUACAAGAGGGAUGAAGGAUUUCACUGAUUUUAUUGAAGAUAUGGAACUAGUAGAUAUGCAGUUAGCAGGAGGCAACUACACAUGGAGAAAAAGUGACAAUCAUAAUAUAGCUGCUAGAUUGGACAGAUUUCUGGAUCCAAUCAAAUCUUACUUUAAGUUUGAAAAUUGGUGGUUGCAAACAGAUGGAUUCACAGAUAGAGUUAGACAUUGGUGGAAUUCCUUUAGUUGUGAAGGAAGUCCUGACUUUAUUUUGGCCUUCAAGCUCAAAACCUUGAAGGGAAAACUUAAAGAAUGGAGCAGAACUUUACAAGGAAAUCUGGAGUUGCAGAAAACAAAUGUCCUUAACCAGCUUGCACAAUUGGAGGAGAUUCAUGACCAGAGGCCUCUGAAUGAAGAGGAAAUUUAUGCAAAAACUGCCCUAGCUAUGGAGUUUGAGGACAUCGCAAAGCAUGAGAAGGCGGCCUGGAGGCAAAGAUCCAGAGCCUUGUGGCUGAAGCAAGGGGAUAAGAAUACAAAAAUUUUCCACCGAACCACCAAUUCACAUAGGAGAUAUAAUCAUAUUGAGCAGCUAGUAGUACAGGGGGGGUUGAUACAGAAUCCUAGUGAUAUCAAGAAAAAGAUUGUCACUUUCUAUCAAAAGUUAUAUUCUGAAGAAGAGGUUUGGAGACCACAAGGUAAUCUUAGGAACUAUCAUAUUCUUACUCCAGAAGACAAUCAAUUGCUCCAAAGUCCUUUUGGUAUUCCAAAAAUUUGGGAUAGUGUGAAGGCAUGUGGAGGGGAUUAA